GUAUAAUCAUCGGUCGCGAUGCCAAUUCGAACGUUCGCCGCACACAGUCGCUUGUCGGUUUCAGUCUACGCCGGUUCCGUGUUUGAAUAUACUCGCGACCUCAUACACACGUGGUGGUGCGCUUCCAUUGUCAAGUUUCAAUAUUUUUUAACAAUUCAUACUUUUUGCCUCGAUAAAACGUGGACCCCGACCCCUUCGGCCGGCUCGCGACCAUUUUGUUUCUCGAUUCUUUUAUAUUCUCGCUUAAAAAUAAAUUAUUUUACAUCGUGCCGGAUGCAAAAGUGGCGCUCGACGAGCUAAUGAUUCGGUGCUUCGUUUUUAUCUCGUUUUGACAAACUAUCGUCCCCUCCGCCGCUGUCGUGCUGUCGAUUUUCAACUUUUGGCUCUCCCGCUCUUCGAAGACUAUUCCGAUCCUCGAUUUCUCACGCAAUUUUUCAGGAACCUUCGAGUUGUCUCAGCUCAGGUCGAAGCGAUAUUGAAAUUCAAGAAUUUUUUGUUCCUCGGUUCACGUCGAAUGCUCUCGUGUUGACAGUAAAAAAGGCUCUCGCUGAAGAAGUAUUUCGAGUUAAUAAACGAAGCUCGAUGGGCCGUUGAAUUUUGAUGAAACUCGUGCAAAAUGUGGCUAUCCUUGGCCUCAAAAGAUCGAGAAGUUCGGUUGGGGUUCGGCUCGAGAAUUGCGGAGAGCAAGAAAGUAGGAAUAGUCGGAAGACCCUGUUCUCGGACGCGUACGAGAGUGAAAGCUCGGCAGAGUUCUCGACCGAUAAAUAUUCGCGCGGAGAGCCAGGAGUAUUUUGUCUUUAUUUAUUCCUCAAUAAUCCACAUUUCAUGUGCUUCUUUUUUUACGUUGGUUAAAAAUUUAGGAAAUGACGUCACCACCUUGUUAGCGUCCUGAUAACAAAGAUGGUCGACGUCAUGAUAACCCAAAAGUUCCUGCGGGACUGUGAGUUGCCCUCGUCGUACAGGCCUCCGAAAAUAACAUUUUUUACCUAUUUUCUUCGGACUUCCGUUGUCAUCGGAAUGAUCCUAUCGGCGGCGACUUUUUUGCACAUUUGUAAUUAUAGACCGAAGCAGACAUUUCUCUCUUGCGACAGACCCUGCCACCACCUGGACUGGCCGAUGAUAUGCAGAGUGAAAUUAACUCUCGAGGUUUUCCACUCCCUCAGCAAAUCCUGCGGCGAUUGCCCUGAGAAUAAAACGGCCUGCCUGGCCGAUCACUGCGUCUCGGCGGAUGGAUUCCGGCGCGGAAUCCUCUCCGCCAACCGGCAAUUGCCGGGACCCAGCAUCCAGGUUUGCGAGAACGACAUCCUCGUCGUCGACGUCGUGAACCGCCUGCCCGGGAAAACGGCCUCCGUCCAUUGGGGCGGCCAGUCGCAAAUCGAGUCGCCGUUCAUGGACGGCGUCCCCUUGAUCACGCAAUGCCCGAUCCCCAGCUACACCACCUUCCAGUACAAGUUUCGGGCCUCCUCGCCCGGAACUCACUUGUGGCGGGCUCACUCGGCGUCCGACAUGACCAACGGGAUAUUCGGAUCGUUGAUAGUGAGGCAAGCGGACAUGCUCGAGCCCCACAGGUCGCUUUACGACAUCGACGACCCGAACCACGUCGUGCUCAUCUCGCCCUGGCAUCACGCCAUCGUCACCGAGGGAGCUUCGACGAGGAUGCAGAGGAAGGCGGCGAUUCUUCUCGUCAAUGGGAGAGGGCGUCAGACCGACGGACCGGAAACUCCGUUGACGACGUUCAACGUGAUUCCAGGAAGGAGGCAUCGGCUCAGGAUCGCACACGCCGGCGGCGCCGGAUCCUGCGCUGUCACGCUCACCGUCGACGAGCAUCCGCUCCUCUUGAUCUCUCUUGACGGCCAACCGAUCACGCCUCGAGAAGUCUCGACGAUAACUCUGUCGAAAGGCGAACGCGCUGACGUCGUUUUGCGAGCGAACAAACCGAUUUCCAGCUACCUCAUGAGCUUCCACACCUCGAAAGACUGCUCGGCCACUCCGAUCUUCGGCUCAGCGAUCCUCGAGUACAAAGGAAGUCCCGUGUCCGACUUGGCAGCAGUCGAAAACAGUGUCAAAGAGGCCUCUGGACAGGAAGGUCCCAAGAAAAUGCACAUGAGCACCAACCCCGUUGAGAAGUGCGGCGCUCCCGGCGCUUUCUGCGUCACAGAAGUCAAAGCUCUGAAACAACUGAGUGCCCCACUGAACAACCGGAACGUGGAGACGACGAUUUAUCUGCCGAUCAACGAGCGCCUCGAAUCCAUCGAUUUCAAGGGGGAUGGGGAAGCUGAGACAAGGAUCCUGAGCGUCGACAACGCCACUUUCACGUAUCCGUCCUCGCCGCUGCUGACCCAAGGACCCGAGGUGCCCGACGACGUUUUCUGUCCGCCCGAGCUCCUCGAGAACGGAGCCGGAAGUUCGACAGCGUCUUGCAAGCGGGUGGAAAUCAACGGAAAAUCCGAUCCGACGUUGCCCUGCGAGUGCGUCCACGUUAGACGCGUUCCCUUGGGUUCGACAGUGGAAAUAAUCCUGCACGAUCAGGCUGGCCUCGACGACUUGGUUUACCAUCUCCAUGGCUACAAGUUCCACGUCGUCGCGGCGAGGAAAUUCGGUCACUUUAGAAGCUCGAAGGACCUGAAGGAGAUGAACGAACGAGGGUCCCUGUUCGUCAGGAACUUGGAGUCACCCCCGCUCAAGGACACGAUCGUCAUGCCCAAGUUCGGAGCCGUCGCGAUACGCUUCAAGGCCAACAAUCCAGGUUAUUGGAUGUUGCGUGACGAGCACGCUCUCGAGUGGACACGCGGACUCGACGUGGUGCUCCGAGUCGGGGAAUCCGGUGACCUCGUUUCACCGCCUCAAGAUUUUCCGAAAUGCGGUUCUUUCGUCGGGCCUGAUUACUUCCUCAUUUAGACUGACGAGGGGGCCGUGGAAAGAGUGUAAAAACCAAGGGAAUUGUAAAUAUUUUUGUACAUAUUUAUGCGUAAACUCAAUUAAGGAUUUUGAACCCCGAGCUGACUAUGAAUCCUCGAUUUUCUCGAGUUUUACUGAGAGGAACUGUUUUUUUUUUAUUGUUGUUUAUUAAACGGAUGGAAUAAAAUAAUUGGAAAAACCAAA